UGCUGCACACCCCUCCCUGGCACCCGACUCCCUGCUCAAGUAUGAAACUCAUACUCUCGGCUGUGCUGUCCUUCGGGAUAGUGGCUCUGUGUUUUGCUGCUCCCCCCAAGACAAACAUCAGAUGGUGCACAAUAUCCUCAGCAGAAGAGAUCAAAUGCAAUAGUCUGAGGGACCUCAUGCAACAAGAGAGUGUUGCAUUGAGCUGCCUCCAGAAAGCAACAUACCUCGACUGCAUAAAAGCCAUUUCGAAUAAUGAGGCAGAUGCCAUUAGCCUGGAUGGUGGCCACAUUUUUGAGGCAGGCCUUGCCCCCUACAAGUUGAAGCCCAUCGUUGCUGAGGUCUAUGAACAAUCUGAAGGCUCCACAACCAGCUACUAUGCUGUGGCCGUUGUGAAGAAAGGAACAGACAUCACAAUAAAUAACUUGCAGGGCAAGACCUCCUGCCACACGGGCCUGGGCAGGUCUGCUGGCUGGAACAUCCCCAUUGGGACACUCCUUCACAGGGGAGACAUCAAGUGGGAGGGCAAAGACUCAGGCUCCAUUGAACAAGCGGUGGCCAACUUCUUCUCUGCCAGCUGUGUGCCUGGUGCCACCAGUGAACAAAAACUGUGCCGCCAGUGCAAGGGAGAUGCCAAAAGCAAAUGCUCCCGCUCAGCACCUUAUUCCGGGUACUCUGGAGCUUUCCAAUGUCUGAAGGAUGGUAAGGGAGAUGUGGCUUUUGUGAAGCACACAACUGUCCAAGAAAAUGCCCCAGAGGAGAAGAAUGACUACGAGCUUCUGUGUCUGGAUGGCAGCCGUCAGCCUGUGGACAACUACAGAUCCUGUCACUGGGCCAGGGUGCCUGCUCACGCUGUUGUGGCUCGAGAUGAUAACAAGAUUGAUGACAUCUGGAGCUUCCUCUCAAAAGCACAGGAAAAGUUUGGUGUGGGCACAACAGGCAACUUCCACCUCUUUGGGCCACCUGGCAAGAAGGACCCAGGCCACAAAGACUUGCUUUUCAAAGACUCUGCUGUACAGCUGAAACGUAUCCCAUCACUGAUGGAUUCCCAGCUCUACCUGGGCUAUGAGUACUACAAUGCCAUCCAGAGCCUUCAGGAAGAUGAUCUGAGCUCCAGCCGCAGAGAAAACAAGACCCGGUGGUGUGCAGUAGGCAAGAAUGAGAAGGUCAAGUGUGACCUCUGGAGCGUGAUGAGCAACGGGGAUGUGGAGUGCACCGUGGCAGACAACACCAAUGACUGCAUUGUUAAGAUAAUGAAAGGUGAAGCAGAUGCUAUCAGCGUAGACGGAGGUUUUGUCUACACUGCUGGGGUGUGUGGCUUGGUGCCAGUGAUGGGAGAAAACUAUGAUGAUUACAGUCAAUGCAGCAAAGCAGAUGGAGAACCAGCAUCCUACUUUGCUGUGGCUGUUGUGAAGAAAUCUGACAGUGGUAUCACCUGGAAGAACCUGCAGGGCAAGAAGUCAUGCCAUACUGCUGUGGGGAGAACUGCUGGCUGGAACAUUCCUAUGGGCUUGAUUCACAACAUGACAGGGAGCUGCAAUUUCGAUGAAUACUUCAGUAAGGGCUGUGCUCCUGGGUCUCCCCCUAACUCCCGCCUCUGUGAACUCUGCAAAGGCUCAGAGGGGGUCCCUCCUGAGAGGUGUGUGGCCAACAGCCAUGAGAAAUACUACGGCUACACUGGAGCUUUCCGGUGUCUGGUGGAGCGGGGUGAUGUGGCCUUUAUUAAGCAUUCAAUCGUGGAGGAAAACACUGAUGGCAGAAAUAAAGAAGAGUGGGCCAAAGAUCUGAAAAUGGAAGAUUUUGAGUUGCUUUGCACUGAUGGGCGCCGGCAAAAUGUCAUGGCUUACAGGGACUGCCACCUGGCCAAAGUUCCUACCCAUGCUGUCAUCACACGUCCUGAGAAAGCAAACAAAAUCCGUGAGCUGCUGGAGAGACAAGAGAAACUCUUUGGAACAAAAGGAGUGGCAAAAGACAAGUUCAAGAUGUUCGAGUCUCAAACCAAGGACCUUCUCUUUAAAGACUUGACCAAGUGUCUGGUCAGACUCCGUGAUGGAAUAACAUACAAGGAAUUCCUUGGAGAUAAAUACUAUUCUUCAGUUGCUAGCCUCAAUACUUGCAAUCCAUCAGAUCUCCUCCAGGUGUGCACCUUCCUUGGGGCGCCUUGCUGUGCCGUGCCUUACACACCCCCGUACGACAAAGGUACCCAGCUCCUUCACCGCCAGACCAACCCACGGAGCCCUGCGCCCGACCUCACUUCCCCUCCCACUCCCACGCGUCCACCUCCCACUCCCCCCCCCCCUCCCCCGUCCGCCUCCCACUCCCCCUCGUCCGCCUCCCACUUCCUGCGAGCCGCCACCCCCGUGCCCCGCGGAACUACGACUCCCGUGAGCGCCGGCGGCCUCGCCCCCCGGCAGCCCUUGCCCGCUCCGCUCCUUUCCCGGCAGGGCGCGGGGCCGGAAGUGCGGCGUACGGCGACGUGUGGCGUGGAGGCAAUGGCGGCCGGGCUGGAGCCCCACCUGGAGGCUCUGCUGCGGGCGUCUGACCCCACCGUGCUCUCCGUCCUUCUGGCGCUGCUCGCCGUCGUCGUCACGCUCUUGAUCUGGAGGUUCGUGCAGGGCAGGAGGAGCAGCCGGAAGGCCGUGUUGCUGCUGGGCCUCUGCGACGCGGGGAAGACGUUGCUUUUCGCGCGGCUGUUGACGGGCAAAUACCGUGAUACCCAGACUUCCAUCACUGACAGCUCUGCAGUAUACAGAGCCAGCAAUGACAAGAGUGCUAAUGUGACCUUAAUCGACCUUCCAGGCCAUGAGAGUUUGCGGCUUCAGUUCUUGGAGAGGUUCAAGGCUGCAGCCAGAGCCAUCGUGUUUGUGGUGGACAGUGUGGCCUUCCAGCGGGAGGUGAAGGAUGUGGCAGAGUUCCUGUACCAGGUCCUGGUUGAUAGCACCGUGCUCAAAAAUGCACCAGCCCUGCUGAUUGCUUGCAAUAAACAAGAUGUCACAAUGGCAAAAUCAGCAAAACUAAUUCAGCAGCAGCUGGAGAAAGAGCUCAAUACCUUACGAGUGACACGCUCUGCAGCCCCUACCAGCCUGGAUGGCUCAGCCACUGGGGCCCCUGCCCAGUUGGGGAAGAAGGGCAAGGAUUUUGACUUCUCCCAGCUACCCAUGAAGGUGGAAUUCGUGGAGUGCAGUGCUCGGGGCAGCAAGGGAGAGGAGGGAGAUGCUGACUUUGAGGGCCUUGAGAAAUGGCUGGCCAAGAUCGCUUGAGUGGAGACGGGCAGGGCUGGAAGGAGAGACCUGGGGAGGCUGAGGGACAAGACUGAAAGGAACAAGAUGGUUGGAAGCACUCAAAUCUCACCUUGCUGUAGAAAGUAGAAACUUAAAAUGGAAAUUAGCAUUGUGGUGUUUUUCUCCACUGCUCAUGGGCUUGGGAGCAACAUGGCACAAUUGCUGGUGUGACUUCCUCAGACUGUUCACAAAGCAACAUUUAAUUUUCCCCCCCUCCCCUCUUCUUUUGUCUUCCUCUGGGAUGCUCACACUCUGGGCUUAAUCUGUUUCCUUAGUCUUUGGCUUUCACUUGGUAGUUGCCAAGCAAGUAAGGCAGGAGUGCAUUGCCAGGUGAGUUUUAGGUUGGAGCCUACAUUCUGGUUUAGCAUUGCAGUGCUGUUGUGUCAUGAAGCUACUGGUCACUGGUGAUGUGGACUUCCUUCCACAGCCUCUCACUGCUUGGGAGCACUGUGCACAUCACAUCUGCUGCCUUGGCAAAGUGCACAAACUCUCAGUUGGGAAGUCGUUGAGGAAAGUAUAAAAA